AUGAAUGGCACGGCCGAAUCCAAUGGCACACAGUGUGACGGGGAAACCCGGAUGCCACAAGCCAUUGCCAUAAUUGGGUAUGCCUGUCGACUUUCUGGCCAAGUCUCCUCCCCCGGCGACUUAUGGGAGCUUUGUACAAGGGCCCGAAGCGGCUGGGCGCCCAUUCCCAAAGACCGUUUUUCGCAUGGCGCCUACCACCAUCCUAAUCCCUCGAAACCCGGUACUUUCAACCCUGCGGGCGGCUACUUCCUCGAUGAAGACGUUUCCCGAUUUGAUGCUCCCUUUUUCAAUGUCACCGUGCAGGAGGCGAUCUCUAUGGACCCUCAGCAGCGCCUGCUUCUGGAGUGCUCCUUCGAAGCUUUGGAGACUGCUGGCAUUCCCAAAGAGUCACUCGCGGGUCGCGAAGUCGGCGUUUUUGUUGGUGGCAAUUUCUCUGAUUACGAGCUCAAUAAUUGCAGGGAUAUCGAUACGGUUCCCCCAUUUCAAGCUACGGGCAAUGCGCCCGCAAUGCAAUCCAAUCGCAUUUCGUACUACUUUGACCUGACAGGUCCUAGUAUGACAUUCGACACGGCCUGUUCGUCUUCAUUGGUGGCCUUGCAUUAUGCCGUUCAGACCUUGCGAAGUGGUGAAUCAAAGGAGGCUCUGGUGGGCGGAUGCAGAUUGAAUAUUCUUCCCGAUUAUUUCGUUUCCAUGUCCAUGUCACAAUUAUUCAAUGACGAAGGGAAAACAUAUUCUUUUGACGAAAGAGCCAAAUCCGGGUUUGCGCGUGGUGAGGGCGCUGGCGUCGUCCUCCUCAAGCCUCUCGACGCUGCGAUCCGCGACAAAGACCCCAUCCGGGCCAUAAUCGCUAAUUCUGGAGUGAACCAAGACGGGAGAACCAAGGGUAUCACAUUGCCGAACGAGAAUGCACAGGAGCAAUUGAUCCGCCGAGUCUACCGUGAAGCCAAUCUCAACCCGGAAGACUGCGGGUUUGCAGAAAUGCACGGCACGGGCACGAAAGCCGGAGAUCCCAUCGAGGCACGAGCGGUACAUGAAGCCCUAGGAGGAGGUCGGACGGCGCGGAAUCCGCUUUACAUUGGAUCGAUUAAGUCUAAUAUUGGCCACUUGGAAGGUGCCAGCGGCAUUGCUUCUAUUAUCAAGACGGCCAUGAUUCUUGACAAGGGGCUGCUUCUACCAAAUGCUGACUUCAAGAAACCCAAUCCAAAUAUCCCAUUGUCAGAGUGGAAUAUGAAGGUCGUCACCUCUACUCGGCCCUUUCCACGAGGCAAGAAGUACGCCAGUGUUUCAAACUAUGGGUUUGGAGGAACUAACGCACACGUCGUUCUCCAAAAGCCUCCUCCGCCAGAUCGGGCAGAAGAUGAUGCAGGCGUGGAGGGAGACCCAAAGAGCAGACUGUUUUUGAUAUCUGCCAAUGAUAAGGACUCUCUUCGCACGAGAAUCCAGGACUUUGGAAUUUACUUCGAGCAGCGGCCAGAAGUGUUCGAGAACUCCCUCUUUGGCAAUUUUGCUCAUACCCUGGGAACUAAAUUGUCCCAUCUUUCAUAUCGUGUGGCUCUGUCAGCUACCUCGUUGGACGAACUGGGUGUCAAGAUGGCCCAACUGAAAGCCAACCCUAUUCGAGUACUUGGAACUCCCACACUCGCCUUCGUUUUCACUGGACAGGGUGCUCAAUGGGCUCGGAUGGGUAUUCCCUUGAUGAACGAAUAUCCACUCUUUGCAGCGGCCAUUGAGCGCGCAGACAAAUGCCUUCGUGGCCUUGGGGCAGAAUUCUCCCUCCUUGAAGAACUGCAGAAAGAGGCUACGGUCUCUGAUAUCAACUCUCCACAUCUAAGCCAGCCUGCUUGCACAGCUCUUCAGAUCGCUCUCACGGAUCUCCUCCGUUCAUGGGAUAUUCGGCCCUCUUCGGUCGUGGGUCACAGCUCCGGCGAGAUUGGCGCCGCCUAUGCUGCCGGUAUUUUUGAUUUGGAGGGAGCCAUGGCGCUUGCCUACCGUCGUGGGCAGAUGACAUCUCUGCUGAAAAGUUCAUAUCCACUCCUGAAGGGCACGAUGAUUGCCGUCGGGGCCAGCUCUAAUGAUGUCAAGCCGAUGUUGAAAACGCUGAGCGGCUAUGCUACGGUGGCCUGUGUAAACAGUCCCUCCAGUGUGACGGUUUCCGGAGACGCAGACGCAAUCGAUGAGCUUGAAGCUGCCCUUCAAGAGAAGCAGCUAUUCAACCGAAAGCUCAAGAUCGAUGUUGCCUACCAUUCAGACCACAUGAAGAAGGUGGCAGAGGCAUACCUAUUAGCUAUUGAAUCGAUCUUGCCCUCGUCCUACGCAACCGCGACUUUCUUUUCGUCCGUCACUGGCGAGAUCGCUGAGCCGUCUGAUCUAGCCCCAGCAUACUGGGUGGCCAAUUUGACCUCUCCCGUGUUGUUUGACAAUGCACUGGCCAAGAUGUGCGCCGACGAAGAGAGCCGACCCAACCUCCUUCUCGAGCUUGGUCCACACUCCGCGCUUAAGGGUCCCAUUCUGGACACCCUGAAGAGCCUGGGAUCAACUGCCUCCAAGGUCAGCUACGCACCCACCGUGCUCCGCAAUGCCGAACCAGCCCAGUCUCUUCUGGAUGCUGCAGGUGCUGUGUAUGUGCGCGGUGGAUCUCUCAAUGCCACCCAGAUCAAUUUCCCCGUGAGUGGAGCCCAGAAUCGAUCUUUCCUGCGGGACUUGCCGAAGUAUCCCUGGCAGCACAGCACACGAUACUGGCAUCAAGCGCGCAUUGCGGACGGACAUAGAUUUCGCGAUGGAAAGCGAAACGAUGUCCUGGGAACGCGAGCCAUGUAUUCGAAUGAUCUUGAGCCUACAUGGCGCAAUAUUGUCCGUCUUGACGAUAUCCCUUGGCUGCGGGAACACAAGAUGCAGGGUAUGAGUGUGUAUCCGAUGGCUGGAUAUUUGGCUAUGGCUAUUGAGGCUGCGCGUCGACGUGCCGAGAUCCAUGAGACUCCAUUCUCACAAUUCCAAUUCCGUGAGGUGACCGUCGGUGCUGCACUCGUUUUGAGCGACGAUGUGGACGUAGAAACUACCAUCACCUUGAAGCCUUACGCAGAAGGCACACGCGGCAACUCGGAUAUUUGGGACGAGUUCCGUAUUAGCUCAUGGACUUCCAAGCGAGGCUGGACAGCACACUGCUCUGGCUUAGUUCGCACCCGCGCUAACAAGAAGCAGCAAGCAUCAGUCUCCAAUGUUACUGAGGCUGAGCAGAAGUACUUCUCCAGCCAGAUUGAGAGAGUCAUGGAACAAGCAACGUAUAAGAUCGACAUACAAAGCAUGUAUGAAGUCCUCACUGAUAUUGGUGCUGGGUAUGGUCCUUGCUUUCAGGGUCUGGAGAAUAUAUUCUCAAGCCCUCAUCAUUCGCGUGGAGACCUGUUCGUCCGGGAUACAAAAACCAUAAUGCCUAAGAAUUUCGAGGCUCCGUUGACCAUUCAUCCAACUUUCUUGGAUGCACUCCUGCACCUAACCUGGCCCAUCCUCGGCCAAGGUCGAAUGGAACUCGACACGCUGUACAUGCCAACCAUGGUCAAGAGCUUGGUUAUCAGUGAUAAGAUGCCCUCUAUCCCAGGCGAAUCUGUCAAAGCAUGGUGUAAUGGCGGGCCGAGUCAGGCUAACCCGGAGCCGGCCAGGUUCGAUCUUUGGGUGACACCAGAGAACUCGACCGAAAUUCUCAUCAAUAUCGAGGGCUUGACCAUGACUCCGCUAAAAGAUGCGGGUGCUGUCCGUGGCGAAAUCGCCCGCGACUUGUGUUACAAGUUCGAGUGGAAAUCUCUCGCUUCUCUAAUUGAAACUGAAAAGGAGAUUGUCUCCGAAUCCCGGGGACUUAAUGCUCAUGUCAAUGGUAUUAACGGGAAUGUUAAUGAGCCUAAUGGUGUGCUAGCUAACGGCACGACUGUGAAUGCGUUGACUAAUGGUCAUACCAAUGGCAAUGGCAUCCUGAAUGGCCACAACUUGACCAACAUUGUGAUUACACAGCUUGGCAAGCCUGACGGUAUCGUGGACAAAUUGAAUCACGCUUUUCAAACUGAGAGCAGUGACUGGAGGCCCUCUAUCUCCCCGUUUGAGGAGAUUGACGCAACUGGCAAACAUGUCGUCGUCCUCCAAACCGGGGCCCUGUCCCUCCGCAACCUCACCGCAGAGUCAUUUGAGGACAUUAAGCGCACUCUAUUUAACGCUUCCAAUGUCCUUUGGGUCUACCGUCUUGAUAAUCCAGAUGCCCAAAUGAUCGUUGGUCUUACCCGAAGCUUGCGUUCCGAGACCAUGGCCAGGGCUGCAACUCUCGGUCUUGAGACUGAAGACCUCGAGAAUCCCGCCAUUCCCAUCAUGGCUGCCAUCAAUGCUUUGUGGUCGAAUGACAGCCUAAGUUCCUGCCAGGACUUUGAGUUCCGAGCCAAGGGCGCUGAUCUAUUUGUCCCGCGUGCCUUGACCAACGAAGCUGCUGACGCUUUCGUCCACAAUGAGACUCACGAGAUGACCAUCUCAUCUCAGCGGUUCCAACAGCCUGGCCGCCGUUUCAAGCUUCAGAUUGGCAAUCUUGGGGCUCUUGAUACGCUUUACUUUGCUGACGAUGUGUUCGAACCUCUGGCUGAUGAUGAUAUUGAGAUUGAGGUUAAAGCCACCGGUCUAAAUUUCAAGGAUAUCGUCGUCACAAUGGGUCAGCUUGCACAGCCUUACAUUGGCAUUGAGUGCAGUGGUAUUGUCUCGUCUGUGGGUAAGAAUGUCCAACAUCUCAAAGUUGGCCAGCGAGUCAUGGCCCUGCCGCUAGGUGGCUACUCUACCUAUGCUCGCUGCAAAGCUACCAGUGCAGCCCCGAUCCUGGAAAACAUGUCCUUUGAGAUCGGUGCCACAGUGCCAGUGGUCUUUUGCACGGCUUAUUACGCGCUCUUCGACCUCGGUCAUCUACAGGAAAGCGAGCGGGUCCUGAUUCACGCUGGUGCCGGUGGUGUCGGGCAAGCAGCCAUCAUGCUGGCGCAGAUGAUUGGCGCAGAGAUCUUUGUGACUGUCGGCAGCGUGGAGAAGAAGCAAUUCCUCAUGGCCCAAUAUGGCCUCCCUGAAGACCACAUUCUCUACAGCCGUGAUACCUCUUUCGGCCAUGGUAUCCGCCGUGCAACGAAUAACGAAGGUGUGGACGUCGUUCUUAAUUCCCUCGCUGGCGAUCUUCUGCGCGAAACAUGGGAAUGCCUGGCUCCGUUCGGCCGGUUCGUUGAGAUUGGCAAGGCUGAUAUCACCAAGAAUACUCGCCUCGACAUGCUUCCAUUUGAAUACAACGUUAGCUUUGCCUCGGUCGAUUUGACCAAGGUGGCUGCACAUCGCCCGAAGCUGAUGAAGCGACUCUUGGACAAUGUUACGGAUCUGAUGGCCAAGGAAUCUGUGCGGCCCAUCUUGCCGCUGACCACAUACCGCAUCUCGGAGCUGGAGACUGCUUUCCGUACAUUGCAGACCGGUAAGGCGAUGGGUAAGAUCGUGGUCGUUCCUCACCAGGAUGAUUAUGUCAAGGCUGUUGCCCCCAAAACCGGGGCCUCUCUCUUGAAGGCGGACGCUUCUUAUAUUCUGAUCGGCGGCACGGGUGGUCUGGGACGAAGCAUGGCCAAAUGGAUGUCUUUCAAAGGCGCCCGGAACAUUGUCCUAGUUUCUCGAAGCGCAUCGGUUAACGACCAGGUGCAGGCCCUGAUUGACGAGCUGGCUGUCAAUGGUACACACGUUACCGUUAAGCCAUGUGAUGUGAGCAGCAAACAGUCAGUUGAGAAACUCGUCAAGGAAGAGAUGAAAGAUCUUCCGCCAGUCCGUGGUGUCGUUCACGGUGCCAUGGUCCUUCGGGAUAUACUGUUUGAGAAAAUGACACUUGAAGACUUCCAAUCAGUCAUAACCAGCAAAGUCGACGGCGCUUGGAACUUGCAUGAAGUCCUCGCCGACUGCCCCCUCGACUUCUUCAUUGCCCUCUCCUCAGUUGCCGGUGUAAUCGGUAACCGCGGUCAAGCUGCCUAUGCCGCUGCAAAUGUCUUCCUCGACGGGUUUAUGGAGUACCGACGCUCACUGGGCCUCCCAGGUACAUCCAUUGAUCUCACCGCCGUCCGAGACGUUGGCUAUCUCGCCGAGGUCGACAGCAAACGGCAGCAAGAAGUGCUCAAGAACAUCGGUACAGAUGGCAUGGAUGAAGCAGAAGUGCUCGCAUUACUCGCCGUCGCGAUCACGGGCGAUUUGGCAGAUUCCUGCUCCGGCCAAUUCAUCGUCGGCCUUGAACUCAGCACGCUAGAUCACUUCUGGGCGCAGGACGCCAAGUUCAGUGUGCUCUAUGAGGCUGCGAAGGCGGCGCAUGGUUCAGGAUCCGUAGGGGGAAGUGGUCCAUCUGCACCGCUGAAUGUGCUCCUUGCCAAUGCAGGCUCGAAGGAGGAGGCACUGCAUAUCUGUUAUCAAGCGCUCGCAGCCAAGCUGGCACAGGUGCUAGUGAUUUCGCUAGAGGAUAUGGAUCCAUCGAUAACGGUGGCCUCGUUGGGUUUGGACUCGCUGGUGGCAAUUGAAAUCCGUAAUUGGAUCGCGCGCGAGGCCAAUGCCAACGUGCAGGUGCUGGAGUUGCUGUCAAGCGGAUCUUUGAUGGCACUUGCUGAGAUUAUUUUGAACAAGUCGCAGGUUUGA